AUGCUGAAAUCUACUUAUACCCCUCCCCCUCCACUACCAGCGGGGUGGACAGAGCAUCGGGCUCCUUCAGGUUGGUUGCGACAGUCCUCCCAUCGGAAGAUGUUGUCUGACAGUAAGCUAGGUCAUCUAUACUACUACAAUGUGCAGACAAAAAAGUCGACGUAUACCAGACCGACCGCGCCCCCAGCCCAACCUCAACAGCCCAUACUCACUCCCGUGGCCGCUCAGAACGCCCCAUUCCUAACCCCGGACACGUUGCCGCCAUUCUCUUCGACUCCGUACGCGCCUCAUGGAAUGGGGAUACCAUCCCAAGAGAUCCCUCACCGUGGUCACAAUCGCGGAGGUUUUCGCGGAGGCAGAGGUGGGUUUAAUGACCGCAGAAGUCGAGGGCCUGAAGAUCGGCCGAAAUCAAAGCAUACGAUACCGGGGUGUGCGCCGUGGGUCCUUGUGAAAACUAAACUUGGGAGGAGAUUUGUUCACAACCCGGAGACCAAUGAAAGCUUCUGGAAAUUCCCUGAGGAUGUUCUGAGGGGGGUUGUGGAAUACGACCGCCUAGAGAGGGAAGAGAAGGAAAGGAAGGAACGCGGGGAGGAUGUUGAGGAACCUGCUGAAUCACAGCCCGAACCAGAAUCGGGCCCAGUGGGUGGAAGGGAAAGUGAACGGCAAGAUGCUCCCGUCACAGGGGGUGCCGAGGAAGACAGUGACGAGUACGAAGAAGUCGAAGUCACAGACAGCGAGGAGGAAGAUGGUCAACCUACUAAACGCCCAAAGACCGAAGACGAUUUUGGACAACAACAGCCGGUGGAAUUUACAGAGGAAGAUUUUGAAUAUCAGCUAGCUGCGAUGGGCGAGGACUACGGGCUUGAUCCUGGCGAGUACGGUGAGCCGGGAGAAGGCGAUUGGGAAGAAGGCGCCGAAGGGCUGCCGCUUACGGACGAGGAUGCCACCGCUCUAUUCCGAGAUCUACUCGAUGACUACCACAUAAACCCAUAUUCGACCUGGGAAAACAUCAUUGAACAGGGCCACAUCAUAGAGGACUCCCGAUACACCGUGCUGCCUAACAUGAAAGCUCGGCGUGAAGUGUGGUCCAAUUGGAGUCGCGAUCGAAUCCAAGUACUCAAGGACCGCAAAGAGAAGCAGCAGAAGGAAGAUCCACGCAUUAAAUAUCUGGCGUUCCUUCAAGAAUACGCCACGCCGAAACUGUACUGGCCCGAAUUCAAGCGCAAAUACCGAAAAGAGCCUGAGAUGAAAGAUUCGAAGCUAUCUGAUAAGGACCGAGAGAAGUUCUAUCGCGACCUGGUUUCUCGGCUGAAACAGCCCGAAAGCGCCCGCAAGUCGGAUCUGUCUGCCUUGCUCAAAUCCAUUCCGUUGUAUGAGUUGAAUCGCUCGUCGAGUCUGGAGGCUCUUCCGCCUUCCAUUGUUACUGAUCUGAAGUACAUUGCGCUGGCACCUAAAGUGCGCGAUCCUCUCAUUGAUACUUACAUAACGACUUUGCCUCCAGCUCCGGAGCAGGAAAAUAUGACUGCUGAACAACGGGAAGAGCUGGAGAAGAAGAGACUGGAGCGUGAAAAACGGGAGAGGGCCCUGGCAGAACGCGAGAAACAGGUGCAGGAAGAGAAACGAAGACAAAGAGGGGACCUCGUGCGUGGCAAACAUCUCUUGAGAGAGGGUGAAGCAGAGGUUGAAGAAGCUAUGAAGGUGGGCCGAGCAGGGCUCCAAAGCUACGUCGAUGCCGACAAAGAGAGACCAAAGGACGAUGGUCGAGCGGAGGACAACUAA